GCCUCUUCUAAAAUGAUGCCUGCCCCCCUUGAUUUUUAUUUGCUUCCCCCAGGGGUCUGCAAUCUUCUGAACCCUUCAACAAUCUACUCCAACAAUGAGAUUUCCCUGAGUACUAUCGAAGUUUAUGGAUUUGACUAUGACUACACACUGGCGUUAUACUCACCUGCUCUCCACUCUUGCAUCUACAACACUGCUCGGGACAUCCUUGUGGAGCAGUAUAAGUAUCCAAAGGGCAUCCUGAAGUAUGAAUAUUGGCCGAACUUUGCCAUCCGGGGCUUACACUACGACAUUGCCAAGGGCUUGCUCAUGAAGAUAGAUGCCUUUCAUUACAUUCAGUUGGGCACCGUUUACCGGGGCUUGAAACCUGUUCCAGAUGAUGAGGUGCUGGCGAUGUAUGACGGUACCCUUCAUAUCCCCCUCCACCAGGCUAGUGGCUUCUAUGGAAAGGGUCCAGCCAUAAAGCAGUUUAUGGACAUCUUCUCUCUCCCUGAAAUGACCCUCCUGGCCGUAGCCAAUGACUUCUUCAUCACCAACAACAUUGAUUACGAUCCCAUCCAUCUCUACAAAGACGUAACGGAUGCCAUCCGGGAUGUCCAUAUUAAAGGCUUUAUGUACAAGUGGAUUAUGCAGGAUCUGGAGAAGUACAUCCUGCGUGGAGAUGAGACGUACGCCGUGCUGCACCGCCUGGCCAAGUGUGGCAAGAAACUCUUCCUCAUCACCAACAGCCCUUUCAGCUUUGUCAAUAAAGGGAUGCGGUACAUGGUUGGCAAAGACUGGCGGGACUUCUUUGACGUGGUCAUAGUCCAGGCAGACAAGCCUCAUUUCUUCAAUGAUUGUGUCAAACCUUUCCGGCGCCUGGAUGCUAACGGGGAUCUGCAGUGGGACAAAAUAACUAAGCUGGAGAAGGGGCAGGUAUAUAAGCAGGGCAACCUCGUUGACUUCCUGCAGCUUACAGGCUGGCGCGGAUCCAAAGUUCUGUACUUCGGAGAUCAUCUCUACAGUGACCUGGCGGACCUGAUGCUGCGCCAUGGCUGGCGAACAGGGGCCAUAGUUCCCGAACUGGAAACAGAGACCAAAAUGGUGAACACAGAACAGUACUCACAAGCACUCACCUGGCUGCAGGCCUUGACCGGCUUGCUGGAGCGCAUGCAGAUGUUCAAGGAUCCAGAAGCUCAGCAGGUGUUCCAGGACUGGAUGAAGGAGCGGCAAGAGCUCAGGGCUCUCACCAAAAACCUCUUCAAUCCUCAGUUUGGCAGCAUCUUUCGCACCUGCCACAACCCCACCUAUUUCUCACGCCGCCUGUGCCGCUUCUCGGACGUCUACAUGGCCUCGCUCAGCUGCUUGCUCAACUAUGACCUCAACUACACCUUUUACCCAAGGCGCACUCCCCUGCAGCAUGAGGCUCCCCUCUGGAUGGAUCAGCUGUGCACUGGCUGCAUGAAGACUCCCUUUUUGGAAGAGAUGGCUCAUAUCCGCUAGGGACCUGCGCAGGCAAAGCUGCAGAGGCUUACGACUCUGCUCCAGACCCACAAGUGCAGCAGUGAGGGCUGACUUCUUGAAUUAGAGUCCCUGCAGGUUAUUUGUCCAAAUUUACAAAGCAUGAGUGCUUUAUAGGAAUGUCUUAAUUGUUAAGGCCUAAUUCUUCUUUGCCAAGUGGUCUUCAGUAUCCAGCCUUGCCUGCAGGUGUCAGAAGUGCCUUGCUGGCUGAGACCAAGGUCCAACUAGUCCAGAAUUCUUUGCAGGAUUCCCAGCAGCCAAGUAGGUUCUUGGGCCUAUCUCAAAAUUGGCCAGGAGCCCAACAGCAGAGUUUUGGUUUGCCUUCUUCCUGCACGUGCUCUAGGAAGCUUGGAAGCCUGUCUAUUGCUUGUCUGCUGGUGGAGCACCUCGGAAUGGUCUUGCAUUCCUCUCUGCCCUGCCCUGGGGUGGAUGCAUUUCACAGGCAAACUCACUCAGCAUCUGCGUGGGGGUGGGGGUGAAAUGUUAUUUUUGCUCCAACUCACAAAACUACUCAGUCCCCAACCCUUGCAGGACUGGUCUGAGCGACAGGUGUUCUGAAGUGUUUGAGGUUUACCUUUUCCCCACUGCUGGGUUUUUGUGAGGGUGAUUUUUGCUGGCAUCCAUGGAAGGUAUGGGGUACUGUGGGGAGGGGCUGGGAGGGAAGUAUCCUGUCUCUUGGCAAGGGGACAGGAGGUGCUAAUGGGAGGGUAGGUGUUUGUAGCUCGUAAGUCAAAUUUUGUACCUUUAAUAAAGUUCAGUGUGAAACCUG